GAAUGAUUCCACUUCAUACAGCUUAGUGAUCUGCCCACAUUCAAUGUCUCGUCUCUUUCCUUUUUAAAUCGUUACCGUUUUCUGUGAACGCUGAAGGUAAAUGCCGAGCUAAGAGAUGCUCAGUGGUAGAGCGUCUCUGGGUUUAGAGAACGCUCUGCAAUCAAUUCCGAGUCUUUUUAGUUAUUGGGUGUCGUGGAUUAUUGCGUUUGGCUUCUUCUCUGUUAAUUUUGCUCAGAAAAGAGGCAUCGCUCUCUGUUUUUCUCUUCGCCCAGCCUUGCUCAUCUUUUAGUCUCUCAAGGAAGAGUCCUAUUGGGUUCUUGAUAAAUCUAUAUUUUUUGGAGCAACUACUGCUGCUCUGAUUGGCUGUAUGUUUGGCCGGAGGUAAAUGUCGGCUAUUAGCUGAGAUUUGGAGAAAAACCGGUGUUUUUGUGCCUUUUCAGUUGAAUUCUGACUACUUGGUUUUUUGGGCUUUUAUUUGGAGGAAGAAAUAACGUAUAAUUCGGGAGUUGGAGUGCUUGCUAUCUACGGAGGUGCGUAGCUUAGCUAUCUUGUCAAAGAAAAAAAGGGGUUUCUUUGCUUUCUGGGCUCUGUUUAGCUUUGAUGAUUUACUGACGCAUUUAUGGAUUCUAGUCCUUCACAGAUUAAUAGUUUUGAUAUCUGGUCAUCUGAAACUUUCUUGUGAUUUGGAUACGAGAAGUCGCGUGAUCGACUAAGAAAACGCAGGGGUGGAUCUUGUGAACUUUAGGAUGGAGAAGCAACCUGGCUUGCGGCUCGGGCCCUUAGAGAGGCUGCAGAGCUUUAAAUUGGGUGGUAUGGAAAAGCAAAAGAGCUUUAAGUUUGGGUCCAUGGAAAAGCAGAAGAGCUUUCUUGAAAGAAGGAUCAAGGAAAGCCCUGGGAAAAGAGGGGAUACGACGCUUCAUCUUGCUGCAAGGGCUGGUAACCCUGUUCAUGUUCAAAGAAUUAUAUCAGAUUGCAGUGGUGCUCAAUUGAAGGAUUUUAUUUCAAAGCAGAAUCAGGAUGGGGAGACGGCACUGUAUGUUGCCUCAGAGAAAGGGCAUGUUGAGGUGGUGAGCGAGAUUUUGAAGGUAUCUGAUGUUCAGUCCGCUGCAAUCAAGGCCAGCAACAGCUUCGAUGCUUUUCAUGUUGCUGCUAAGCAAGGCCAUCUCGGCGUACUUAAAGAACUGUUGCAGACCUUCCCCUCAUUAGCUAUGACGACGAGUUCAUCAAAUGCCACUGCACUAGACUCUGCCGCCACUCAAGGUCAUGUUGACAUAGUCAAUCUACUUUUAGAAACAGAUGCUAGUCUUGCCAAGAUUGCGCGGAAUAAUGGCAAAACUGUUUUGCAUUCAGCAGCCAGGAUGGGGCAUGUUGAAGUUGUGAGGUCUCUUUUGAUUAAGGACCCCGGCAUUGGAUUGAGGACUGAUAAGAAAGGACAAACUGCUUUUCACAUGGCUGUCAAGGGAAAUAAUGUGGGUAUUGUCCUCGAACUGUUGAAACCUGAUUCUUCCAUUGUCAAUGUGGAAGAUAAUAAAGGAAACACACCACUGCAUAUUGCAACCAGAAAAGGUCGUCUUGAGAUUGUGCAAACUCUAAUAUCAAUUGAAGGUAUCCAAAUCAAUGCACUCAACAGAGCUGGUGAAACCGCCCUUUCCAUUGCAGAAAAAAGCGGCCUGGAAGAAAUUGCUGCUACCCUCAAGGAUGCUGGUGCAGUGGCUUUCAUAGAGCAGGACAACCACAUUAGCCCAGCAAAACAGUUAAAGCAGACUGUUAGUGACAUCAAGCAUGAUGUCCAGUCCCAGCUCAAGCAGACCAGACAGACCGACAUUCGGGUCCAGAACAUCAAGAAGCGGCUCCGAAAACUUCAUAGUGGUGGCCUAAACAAUGCCAUCAACUCCAACACUGUUGUUGCUGUACUUAUUGCCACGGUUGCCUUCGCCGCCAUCUUUACCGUUCCAGGACAGUUUGUUCAGGAACCAGCCCCUGCUGGGUUAACCCUUGGCCAAGCCAAUAUUGCUAACAAUGCAGCCUUCAUCAUCUUCCUUGUUUUCGAUUCCCUCGCACUCUUCAUAUCUCUUGCAGUUGUUGUGGCCCAAACUUCUUUGAUAGUAGUUGAGCAAAAGGCAAAGAAACUUAUGGUGUUUAUUGUAAACAAGUUGAUGUGGUUGGCAUGCCUUUUUAUCUCAAUCUCCUUCAUCUCCCUCACCUACAUUGUCGUAGGCCGCAAAGACUGGUGGUUGGCUUGGUGCACCAUGGCGAUAGGUGCUUCAAUCAUGCUCACCACAAUAGGGUCAAUGUGCUACUGCAUUGUGGUCCACCGGAUGGAGGAGAAGAGCUUGAGAAGCAUCAGCAGGGGCUCAGGUAGCAGAUCCAGGUCCUGGUCUCUAUCAAUGCCCUCUGACUCUGAGCUGCUGAACAGUGAGUACAAAAAGAUGUAUGCCCUUUAGAUUUACGCAGACUAGUAUUUGUAAGCCAUUAACGGCAUUUUCAGCAAAGGAGGAACCAAUUUGUAUGUUCAUGAGAAUAUAAGCGAUGUUAGAAUUUGUGGUUGGUAAUUACGGCCAUCCCAGACAGAUUGAAGUAUUUGUACUACUCUCUUUGUUCGUCAAUCUUUAUAUAUUGACAACAGGUU